AUGGCCGGGAAGGUGGCGCUGCUCCUGUGGGCCCAGACCCUCGGCCUCGCUGGUGCCCAGACCACCCAGCUCCUGGUGGAGCCCCCCUGGAGGCCGGCGGUGCCGUGGGACCGGGUGACCCUGACCUGCCAGGGCUCGGGGACCGCCGGUGCCACCACCUGGUACAGAAACGGGCAGCGCUGGGGGCAGCAGGGACGCACCAAUGUCACUGUCACCAUGAAAGGCAUUUACCGCUGUGACAGACCUGGCACUGGGCUCAGCCCCCCUGUGAUUGUCUCAGAAGAUGAUCUGGUGCUGCAGGUGCCGGCGCGGGCGCUGCUGGAGGGGGACACGGUGACACUGCGCUGCCGGGGCUGGUGGAACAGCACGGUCACCUCGGUGUCCUUCUACCAGGAGGGGAAGGAACUGGGGGUGUUCCCCGAUGUCACUGAGCUGUCCCUGUCCCCUCUGCAGCUGAGCCACAGUGGCCACUACAGCUGCAGGGGCAAGGUGGGAUCCUGGGGGUGGAGGGAGUCACCACCAGUGACAGUGACAGUGCACGGAGUCCCGCUCUCGUGGGUUUCCCUGUCAGCACAGCCCCCCGGGGGACAGGUGGCACUCGGGGACAGCCUGGUGCUGAGCUGCACGGUGGCCGUGGGGACAGGUCCUCUGUCCUUCUCCUGGCACCGGGAGGGCUCGGGGGCACCGCCUGGCACUGGUCCCUGCCUGGAGCUGAGCCAGGCUGGGGACAAUGACAGCGGCCAGUACCGGUGCCGGGUCAGUGACGGGGACAGCGUGGCCGAGAGUGACCCCCUGAAUGUCACUGUUCUGGUGCCCGUGGCCAAUGCCACCAUCACCCCUGGUCCCCUGUCACGCCAGGUGCAUGCAGGUGACAACGUGACCCUUCACUGCUCAGUGCAGGUGGGCUCAGCCCCUGUCACCUUCACCUGGCUGCACAAUGGGCAGGAGGUGGCAGGUCCCCUCCUGGAGCUCGGUGACAUCGAUGUGGGACAUUUGGGCACCUACCAGUGCAUGGCCACCAACCAGCUGGGACAGGACGGGCACCGUAUGUUCCGGGCACUCAGCCCUGAGCUGGCCCUGGAGGUGACACCUGGCUCACACUGGGUCACAGCAGUGGCUGUGAAUUUCAGCAGGACCCUCCUGUUCCUGCUCCUGCUCCUGGCUGUCAUCAGGGGCUGUCACUGCUCUCAGGAAAUGCCAGGACAGGGCCCCCCAGAACCCCCUUAUCCCCUGGAGGAGGGGGAGGGGCUGGACACCGAGGGGGCAGGGGAUGAUCUGGUGCUGCAGGUGCCGGUGCGGGCGCUGCUGGAGGGGGACACGGUGACACUGCGCUGCCGGGGCUGGCGGAACAGCACGGUCACCUCGGUGUCCUUCUACCAGGAGGGGAAGGAACUGGGGGUGUUCUCCGAUGUCACUGAGCUGUCCCUGUCCCCUCUGCAGCUGAGCCACAGUGGCCACUACAGCUGCAGGGGCAAGGUGGGACCCUGGGGGUUGAGGGAGUCACCACCAGUGACAGUGACAGUGCACGCCCCGAUCCCCCUCCUGCACAUGUUCUACCAGGACGGGAAGAUGGUGGGAGACCCACAGGGGUCCCCACAGCUGCUGGUGCCCGCCCUGGGGUCUCCCACUCGGGGAAUUACAGCUGUCAGCGGCACCCUGAGGUGGGUGCCCGUGGCCUAUGCCACCAUCACCCCCUGUGCCCUGGACGUGACACCGCAGGACAGAGGGACACACAGGGACACAGUGGCCGCAGGGGUCGGUGGGGCCCUUUUCUUCCUGCUCCUGCUCGUGGGUGUCAUUGUGGCCUGGAACUGGUGGCACCGUGUGGCUGCCAGGAAGAACCAGGAAAGGUGA